AUGACGAGCACUGCUACGAAGAGCAGCUACCCGGAUCGGUCCCGGAAAACGCUCUGCAGGAACCCGUUUCUCAGUAUCAAGUUCUUCGUUUUCUGCCACGGGCUCCUACAGCUCUCCCAGCUCCUGGUCUCUGGCUAUCUGAAGAGCUCCAUCUCAACCAUCGAGAGACGAUAUGGCCUCUCCAGCCAGACGUCGGGGCUCCUGGCUUCCUUCAAUGAGGUUGGGAACACUUUGCUGAUCGUCUUCAUAAGUUACUUUGGGAGCCGAGUGCACAGACCUCGUUUCAUCGGUUGUGGUGCCAUCCUCGUCUCCUUGGCUGGGUUCCUCAUGUCUCUCCCCCACUUCAUAACUGGACCCUACAAGUAUGACCAGUCUGUUGCCAGCGUGUUCAGCAACGCCACCGACCUGUGCCAGCCCGGGGUGCCGGGGCCCCGGGGGAACCUCAGCGACGCCGGCUGCACCCCCCGCGCUGCCAGGGAGAACCACGAGGUUCUCCUCGUCAUGUUCGUCGCCCAGGCGCUGCUGGGCAUCGGCGGCGUCCCCAUCCAGCCCUUCGGGAUCUCCUACAUCGAUGACUUCGCCAGCGAGAGGAACUCCCCCCUCUAUUUGGGGAUCUUGUUCUCCGUGACUGUCAUCGGGCCGGGGGUGGCCUUCAUGCUGGGCUCUGCCAUGCUGCGUUUUUACGUCGACAUCGACAAAGUUACCGGAGAUGACGUCCAGCUCACGAACAAAGACCCGCGGUGGGUCGGCGCCUGGUGGCUUGGUUUCCUGGUCGCAGCCAGUCUCGUGGCCCUGUCUGCGGUGCCUUAUUUCUUCUUCCCGCGGGAAAUGCCGAAAGAGAUUGCCAUGUCGACGUGGUUAUAGAAAGCCUUCCUUUCACUGAGGGAGCUGAGCUAGUCCUCUGCUUCCAAAGAGCUUCUCCAUCCCAGCUCUUCACCCAUCCCAGCCACAAGCUGCACCG